CAACAACGAAAAGAAACGCAAUUAUCCUGGCAGGAUUGCCUGUGUCUGCCACGCAUUUAUCUGGGACUUUCUGAAUGGGAGAUGAUGCCUCGGCUGGGAUCCAACAAACACUAAGUGGGCGGCAAUAUUGAAGCACGACGCUUUUCUGGACGGGCUUAUGGAGCUCAUCCUUGCUCGACAUGGCGACUGUUCAAUCUCUAGGCUUGCAUCAACCGGCAGGGCUCAGACAUGCCAUUGACGAACAGCUGCUUCCUCAGGACCCGUCUGCCUCAUCUUAUGCCUGGGAUAUCUUCAUUGAUGACACAGAUGGAGUGCAGAUAGAAGAUGAACUGCUUACGACUGAUAAGUGUGUCGUGUGGUCCCGUGGAGGGCUUUUCCGCAAAACAUUCAAGUUCGACCUUGAAAAGGAGUCUAUCACGCAGGCUCUUCUCACUUAUUUUCCAGCGUCUGAGGAUGAGCGCAGUGGCCGCAAGGCCUCUGGAGCUGGGGAUCGCCGCCCCGUGGCCCUCGAAAAAGGCUUGGUGGUCUUUCUCAAGACCCAGGCUCAUAUCUACAUGUUGUCGGGGACAAGUCACGUAGUCCACAUGCCGUUCGAAGUAGAAUCAGCAUGUGCUGCCCCCGUUGGAGUCCUCAUCCAGACGAAGCAAAAGACCGAGAACCUGGCGCCAAUUUCCUUAAAGUUUCCUCGAGUCCCGCCCAACUCUUUCGUGUCGUCUCAGUUGACUGCAUUACACGGCUCCCAACAGACCGCUUUCUCCAUGGAGAGUCUUGGAAACCCCAAGUCUCUGCCAGUGGGAUUGAAUAUGACACUGGAAAACAUGUGGGACGCGCCAUUGGAACAACCCGAGUCUCAUUGGCCUCGACUUGUAGCCCUAAGUGAUCCAUUGUUGGAUAUUGGGCUUGUGGUAACGGAUUCCGAAAGACUAUCCUCGAAAAGAAGAAGUAGAAAUAAAUCUUCAAAGAGACAUGGCUUCCUUGAUCCUUGCGAGGAAAUACUCCAUAUUGAGAAAGUUGUCAUCCCCGGCACUUCCCCCGAGCAUCCACACGAGUCUCUGAUAUUGGGAGUCACCAUCAAUCGCGAGGCCAAUGCUUACACCAUCUGGAGGCUGACCUAUCUAGAUCAUCAAGAUCAUUUCAUAAAACGCCACAGGCCUUCUAGCACAAAGGCAUCGCGACGACGGAGCUCUAUGCAGCCGGGUUUCGCCAGUGGUACAUCAACCCCUGUGCAAGCAAAUCAUCGAGAUAGCUUUGGAGCGCCGCUUCCUGGGAAACGGCCACGGAAGAGCGAAAAGGUCGAAAAACCAUUGGACCUGGUAUCAUCACUAGAGAGGCAGGAUAUGGAAAGCUCUGGAGUUGGGCGGAGGAGCUCACGUAGGCUGAGUUCAAUGCUGGCUCGCGCAGACCUCUCUGCCUCUUACGAUAGGAUAAUAUUCCCUGACCAAUCUUCAAUUCUCGGCAGCGCUUCUUCAAAACGACAUGAUUCUCUUGGUCAUCACGGUCGUUCUAGCGCCUCUUUCAUCCACCAAGGUCAUCAUAGCCUUGGCAGUUUGCUGGAAGCUCCGUUAGAUGGUGGUUUAGAUGAUCGUGCUUACAACAUACGGCUUGAUGAUCGCGAAUUUGAUGGACUCCAACACGAAAUGCUCUUUAGCAAAAUUCACAUCCUUCCGAUAGAUAGCUCAAACGUUCAUUAUUCAACUUCUGGUAGCGCAACUCGAAACCAGCCCAAAGUUUUCAUCCUUGCGGCUCCUCCAUUCGCUACGAAUGAUUACCAAACGGGCCAGUUGCUUAUAGGUAUCCAAGAAAUUGCAGAGAAGCGCCUUCAGAUGGUUACCUUUCCUCUUAAGCUGCACCAAAAGCUAGACGCUCCGGUAAACGCUGAGAGAGGGGAGUCACCGCACACCACAGUCACUAUCUUGCCAGGUGAUUUCAAGAGGGCGCAGAAUGUCGUCGACUCAUGCAAAAUUGUGGAUGGAAAUCAAUCUGCCAUCCUUGUUCUAUCUGAAUCUAUGGAUGGCCGACAUGAGCUGAGUGCUCAGGCACCAUGGAGCGACAUGACCAAACUCUCAAUCUCUCUCCUUUUUGUCGAUGAUACAAAAAGUUUACAAUUCCGCGGGAGAGCAGUUGACAGAGAUGUAAGGCAGCGAAAGAGUGAAAUCAUAGAUCUCACCAAUGGUAGCAUUGUCGGCGUCUGCCACCCUAGACAUCGGGGAGUUGUUGACGUUGUUGACACCCAAGGGCGCCUGCAUCAGUUGAAAAUCCAGCUGCGGCCGUCUAGCAGGCCGGUGUCUGAUAUUCUUAAUGUCUGCAGAAGCGUCUUGACAGAUUCACUAGGAGAGCGUAUCCAUACGGGAUGGCUUCACACCAUGCAGUGGCUCUAUAGCCAAGGCAAAGCUGGCGUCAAUGUAGAAUGGUCUGCAUUAACUACUUUACUCCUAGCAUUGUUCCUAAAUUUAGACAGGCAAGAACUUCGGAAUCCCCCCUCAGAGAGACUCCCAGUUCGGAAGCGGAGGCUUCCUUCUGGCUCGUUCGCAUCCAUUCGGGACUCUGAUGAUUGGAAAGCUCUAGAAAGGGGCGAGACCGUGAACUCUCUUGGUUGUCCGACAUGGAUGAUUAAUCACGGAUGGCAAUGGGUACUUGAAGAUGAUGCGGAAGAUGCCUCAUCUCAAAGUGGUGCUCAAGGUCUCAGCGCAAAGUUCAUUUCCAGGCAUAUUACUCUUGCUAAAGAGUACAUGAGCUCACCAUUCGGGAUAACUGCUUUAGGCCCUUCUGGAUACCUCCCAACUUCCAUAGGCAGAAACCCUGAAUACAAGCGCAGAGUCGCAGUGGAUAUAUUCAUGGCCCUUCACCUACUAUCAGAAGAACAGAAGCUCAAUAUCAUGUCUGCCGAGUACCAAUCCUCUGGGCGGGCUGAUUUCCGGGUUAUCUUGUGUCAGGUUGCAAGAUGGUUGAAAUGGCAUACAUUUUUAUCCUUUUAUGAGCUAGGGAUACAAGAGGACAUUGAUCCACGUCAUGACCAAGAACUGCGCCUGAAAUCUCCAAUUCCUGAACCGCCGGAUAGACCAGAUAUACUAGAAUGGAUUCAAUCCUGUUUUAUAGGUCUUCGCGGCCAACACUAUGUCAUUCCAGCAGAUAUAUUCUAUGCUGCAACACAAUUAUCCGAGCCGGACAACAUGAUUGAUAGCCGCUGGGACUCUAUCCUUCCCCGAACCCUGAUGUUCAGGCGUUUCUUCAGUCUUGUAAAGCCCAACGCUACAGCAGUGCAAAUGGUGGAAGCGAUGAAAGACUGCGGCCUAACGAAUCAUGUCCUCGGAACUCUCCCAGAAGCUGUUUUGAUCCCUCUUCAAGAUGCCAUAGCGCUCUGUCAACCCCACCCUCCCUCUUCGUGGUCGGAUGAGAUGCUAGAAUUGGUAAAGAGAACCGAUAUUAGUCUAAUUCUCACCCCCAGCAAACGCCCUCGCCCGGCCAUGUCGAAUAUCUUGACACCCACGCAUACUGCAAGCUGGGAAUACAAAUUGCUCUGUGAAAGUGUCGAACAAACUAAUAGCCAGGGUUACGAUGAAGGUGAAGGAACUGAACGCCAAUCAAUUAUCCGAGCACUUUUCAAGGAUGACCGUCGCCUUCAAGAAGCUCGAGACUUGCUUGCUACUCACAAGCCGAGGAUUGUGAGUCUACCUCAAGAUCCGACCUUGCCUGAUAGUGAGUAUCUGGAAAAGCAAAAAGAGCUAGUGUCCAGGAUCGCCACCGGAACUCUGGCUAUUCCAGCGGGAAGAGGACUGCUUUACUACAGUUUGCGCUUUCCUCUCAUCACUCAAAAAUUUCAUAUUGGCGGAUUCAACCUGAACUGCAUUGUGAAGCCAAACAAUGUCACUGUAGGGGUUGAUAAAGCGCUAUUCACAGAAGAGAAAGUGUGCUGGGGGUUUUUCCAUCAGGGAGUUGCAGCAGGGUUGGCAAUUUCCCCACAAGCAAAGGGCAUUGAUACUUCGUGGAUCUUAUACAAUAAACCGGGACAGGACCUCAGCAAUCGCCACGCUGGAUUUCUUUUAGCCCUGGGGCUAAAUGGACACCUCAAGGAUGUCGCAAAGUGGGUAGCUUUCAAGUACCUCACACCAAAGCAUACCAUGACUUCCAUUGGUCUACUGCUAGGCCUCGCCGCGUCAUAUAUGGGUACCAUGGACUCUCUCAUAACUCGUCUCCUGUCUGUACAUGCUACGCGUAUGCUUCCACGAGGGGCUGCAGAACUUAAUCUUUCACCUCUCACUCAAACAUCUGGCAUCAUGGGAAUUGGUCUCUUGUAUUGUGGCAGCCAACAUCGACGUAUGAGCGAGAUAAUGCUCUCUGAGAUUGAGCACGUUGAGGAUGAGGAUGAAGAGGAGCCGCUGAGAAGCGAAUGCUACCGCCUUGCGGCCGGCUUUGCACUUGGUUUCAUCAACCUUGGCAAGGGAAAUGACCUCAAGGGCUUACAAGAUAUGCGGCUCACGGAGAAACUCAUCACGCAUGCAACUGCGACUAAGAAUGUUGAGAUCGUACACGUCUUGGAUCGAGCCUCAGCUGGCGCAGUCAUGGCUAUUGCACUCAUCUUUAUGAAAUCGGAGGAUCAAAUUGUGGCGCGCAAGAUUGAUGUUCCCGACUCGGUUCUUCAGUUUGACUACGUCCGCCCCGACAUUCUUCUUCUCCGAACUAUGACGAGAAAUCUUAUUCUUUGGUCCCAGAUAGAACCAACAUUUGACUGGAUUCAAAGAAGUCUUCCUGCUCCCUACCGCUCACGCCAUAAAUUAAGCAACACCUCCAAAUUGAGAUCUUCUGACUUGCCCUUCUUCAGCAUUUUGACGGGUCUCUGCUUCUCUAUUUCUCUGCGUUUCUCUGGAAGUGCCUCUCCCAAGGUUCGAGAUUUACUAUUGCAUUAUUUGGAUCAGUUCAUGCGCAUCACUGGACUUCCAGCAACUCCGAGAAUGCAUCCAGAUGCAGCCCCGCUCUAUGACGAAGAGCUUGCCAGGACGAACGCCCGAAUGUGCCAAGAUAUUCUCGCAGUCUCUUGCUCUAUCGUUAUGGCUGGCACAGGCGACAUUGCUGUCCUCCGUCGACUUCGAGCUUUACAUGGCAGGGAUGAUCCCGAUACACCCUACGGUUCACAUCUUGCAGCUCAUCUAGCCAUCGGAGCAUUGUUCCUGGGCUGUGGAACAGCUACCUUUGGUUCAAGCAAUAAAGCAAUAGCAGCCUUACUGGUGGCGUUUUACCCAAUUUUCCCGGUGAAUGUUAUGGACAAUCGAUCGCACCUUCAGGCGUUUAGGCACUUCUGGGUCCUUGCCGCUGAGCAGCGUUGCCUUGUCGCCAAAGAUGCCGUCACAGGACAACCAGUAUCCGUACCUGUGCAUAUCAAAAUGCAAGGUAGCGCUUCCAUGGAAGCAGUGCUGCGCAGAACCACGCCAUGCCUUCUCCCCCCUCUCGAUCAGAUCUCCAGCGUAACCACAGCCGGUGGCCCGCAAUUCUGGGAUGUCGAGCUCGACUUCUCCAAUGAAGAGCUCAGAGAAUCCUUUGCGCAGACGCAAACGCUCUAUCUCCGCAGGAGACCACCGCGCGAAGGCACAUUCGCUUCUACACUUAGAGCACUCGGCGAAGAUGGAAAUGGCGAUAACCCGCUAGAAUGGGUGCUUAACUUAGGUGCUUUGCAGGACUUAAGCUACGCUGAGAAAGCCGCCCUGCUGGAUACCGGUGAUGAAGAACUGGGUGAUAUUGGAACAGCCGUCGACGCGAGGCUCGAGAUGGAGCGAGGUAUCAUGGAAGGUGGUGAUAGAGAGCGCCUUGAAGGUGCAAGACUGUUAUUCGAAUGGGGUGAUGCUCGAGAUAAUCUCCGCCAAGCCUCGUCAGCAGCAAUUUCGGAUAGCCAAGCUACCAUCAAGCCUGCUACCCCAAAGCGUGGGCCGAGGGAUGGUGCUACUCCAGAGCCUGAAGAGAAGGAGGAUGAAAAAUCAGAGGGCGUCUGGUGGAUGAGAGAGAGUGCCAUUGAGACUCUAAAGGGGAAAGUAUGGAUGGCGGCCCGACAGCAUGAGCAAUAAGUAUGCGGUAUAUGAAAAAGAAAGGGCUAUUUUGUCAGGACUGUCUCAGUUACUAUAUCACGAAUUAUGAUAAGCGUUAC